AUGGCGACGAUACAUAUCGUGCGACACGGGCAAGCCCUUCACAAUGUUGAUCGGGGUUACCCCCACCGAGAUCCCCCUCUGACUGAAGUCGGAUCUCAACAAGCGAGUAGCGUCUGCCUACCAGCUGAGCCUGACCUUAUAAUCUUGUCUCCAAUGACUCGUACCAUCCAGACAGCUCUUAUUAUUUUCGACCAAUAUCUCAGCAGCUCUUCCACCAACGUCGAGCUCCAGGUCUGGCCGGACCUGCGCGAAACCCACGACGAGGCCAUUUGCAAUAAAGGGUUGUCGCGUGCUGAAAUUGCUAGUAAAUUUGCACAGUUCGAUUUCUCCACCUGUCACGAAGAGUGGGAUUACUCGCCUCAUAGUUUCGACGGCGCUGUCGUGCGUGCUGAGACAGUUCGGGGGCGCCUCAAGGAACUAUCUCGUUCUCAUAAGAACAUAUUCUUGGUGACGCAUCGCGGCUUUAUUGCGUUCUUGGCCAAAGGAGAGAGGUUUGAUGUCUGUGAAUGCCGUUCAUAUAGAUUUGCUGCUGAAAACGAAGUCAAUGAUCAAAGGCAGGGUGUCAACUGUGACACGGGUGAAAAGCAAGACUUUGGCCCCAGCUUAUUAUUGCCUAUCAUUUUGCCAUCUCACGACGACGGAAGUUGCGGCCGGGAAAAGACCUGA